GACAUCAUGCCAAGCGGAGAAAACAACUCCGAACUCCUAGACAACCCCUCUAACACAGUCAAAUCCCAUGCCUUCAGUUGUCACUUUCCAAACUGCAAUGCUAGCUACCGGCGCAAGGAACACUUGAAUCGUCAUGAAACACAGCAUUCACAACAACAAAUCUUCAUAUGUUCUGAAUGUGGUGGGGGGUACGGACGGAGCGACACACUCCGACGCCAUCUUCAAAAGCGCCACAAAAUAAAUAAACCAUUGAAUCGUGCGGCAGUGGCUUGUCAGGGUUGCCACGCGGGAAAGACUCGAUGCGAAGGAGGCGUGCCAUGUGACGAGUGUCUCCGUCGCAAGAUCCAAUGCUCCUUGAACGACGAUACGGGGUCGAUAGAACGGCAAUAUCCUGAAUCAUCAAACCACCACACAUCAAUUCAGCAUGACCCGCAGCAGAAUCAUUCGGGAAAGACAGACCGGUGGAUAGACCUCUACUUUACAGCUUUCCACCCCUCUUGGCCCUUUGUCCAUAAAGGAUCAUUUGACAUGCGCUCCGAUGCACCCUUAUUAAUACAGACGAUGACUUGCUUCGGGCUGUGGGCUAGUGGAGAACGACGUGCACGAUCCUCGGCCGUAGAGUUGCAUGAUAAAAUCGACCUAGCCAUUCGAGAACAAAAGAACAAAUGGGACGCCACGACCAUCAAAGAAGCAAAUAGCACCUGUCUCUGGCCGAUACCGACAUACCAGGCGAUCCUGCUGCAUAUAAUUUUCGCCGCUACCCUCCAAAGCCAGGAGACUCGCGGCUUCGAUCUGAAGGCCUCUCUUUCGACACCUUACUUCGACUUGCUGGAGGCACUUAUUCGAAGCUGUCGGAGGCUUGGUAUGUUCUAUUAUCCGAAUAUACUUGCCAGAUUCAACGAGGAUGAUUUGGACACGUUUGUUUGGGUGAGUAUUGAGGAGAUAAAACGGUUUAAUCUCGCCUUGUACAAGGUUUGUGGCAAAGUGCGCGGUUCUGGAAGAAGCGGAAAUGAUGUUGCUUCUUUGUUGACUGCAGGUGAGCUGCAAUUCCCCUUGCCGACUAAUCGUCCUCUCUGGGAUGCUGUUGGUGUAAAUGAAUGGAUGGAUGCUAUACGUGAUGUCAGGCUGGCUUUUUUGGACGAUCAUUGUCGGACGAGCUGGAUCUCGAACUUUGCGGCGGUGAUAGAUUCCCUUGAGUUAUGA